UUUCCUUUCCAUGCAAAGUCUCUCUCUCUCUCUACAAACUUUUUCUGUCAUCUCGUGAUUGAUUCCCACACAUUCUUGAUGGCUGUUGUUUUUCAGAUCUAAAAAAACCCACAAAAAUCAUGCCUCAAUUAUUAUUGUCCCUCAAAUUCACCAUAUUACACAAUGUUCUGUUUUUUCCCCUGUUUUUUACACUGUUUUUCCUCUGUUUUUCCGGCAAUGCAAACACUACAUUUGACUUCCAAACAUUGACACUCACCAGUUUAAAGUUUUUAGGAGAUGCCCAUAUGUUCAACAACAGUGUCAGACUCACCCGAGAUCUCCCCGUCCCUAAUUCCGGCGCCGGCAGGGUUUUAUACAAUAAGCCCAUAAGAUUCCGGCGACCCGGUAACCCAAAUCCAGCCAGUUUCAAAACCAAUUUUUCCUUCAAGAUUCAGAAUCUAAACCCGGAUUCUAUUGGUGGUGGGUUGGCUUUUGUUAUAUCACCGGAUGAUGAAGCGGUUGGUGACGCCGGUGGGUUUCUUGGAAUUCCGGCAGGUGCUGUUUCUGUUGAGUUUGAUACUUUAAUGGAUUUUGAGUUUAAAGAUAUUAAUGGGAAUCAUGUGGGUUUGGAUCUUGAUUCAAUGGUUUCGGGUCAAGUUGCCGACUUGGACCGGGUUGAUGUUGAUUUGAGGAGCGGUGAGUUAGUCAACUCCUGGGUCGAGUUUUCCGGGUCAACUCAGCAACUCAAUGUAUCUAUUUCAUAUUCUAAUAUAAAACCCAAAUCACCAGUUUUAUCAAUAACUAUAAACUUCAAUGAAUAUGCUAAAGAGUUUAUGUAUGUUGGGUUUUCGGGGUCAACUCAGGGGAGUACAGAGGUCCACUCAGUCGAAUGGUGGGCUUUUACUUCAUCUUUUGAUGACCCGGAUACAACACCGAUCGGGUCAGGCUCGCCGCCGCCGCCGUCACCACCCGCCGCUUUCAUGAACCCGGCGGCAAACGCCGUUAGCUCGCCGCCGCCAUCAAUGUCGCCGUCAAAUUCAAAUAAUUUAACCGCCCACACCUCACAAAAACAGAGUAAAUGUCAUAAUGAGUUGUGUAAGAAAAAUGCCGGCGCCGUCGCCGGCGUAGUGACCGCCGGCGCAUUCUUUUUAGCAUUAUGUGCAGUUUUGCUAAUAUGGGUUUAUUCCAAAAAGUUUAAAAAACCAAAAAGGCAGGAGCUUUUAGUCAGUGGAAUCUUUAAAAGCCCGAAAGAAUUUACAUACAAAGAGCUUAAAUUAGCGACUAGAUGUUUUGACCCGACCCGGGUAAUUGGGCAUGGAGCAUUUGGGACUGUAUAUAGAGGGGUGUUAGAUACAGGGGAUGUGGUGGCUAUAAAGAGGUGUAGUCAUAGUGGUGAUGAAGGAAAAGCCGAGUUUUUAUCCGAAUUAUCGAUCAUUGGCACCCUUAGACAUCGAAAUCUAUUGAGAUUACAAGGUUGGUGUCAUGAAAAAGGUGAAAUUAUGCUUGUUUAUGAGUUAAUGCCAAAUGGGUCACUUGAUAAAGCACUUUUUGAAGCAAGAUUAACAUUGUUAUGGGCUCAUAGAAAGAAAAUAUUAAUGGGUGUCGCUUCAGCUUUAGCUUAUUUGCAUCAUGAAUGUGAGAAUCAAGUAAUUCAUAGAGAUGUUAAAGCUAGUAACAUUAUGUUGGAUGAAGGAUUUAAUGCUAAAUUGGGGGAUUUUGGAUUGGCCCGAGAAAUCGAUAAAAACAAGUCUCCUGACCCUACGGUUGCAGCCGGGACAAUGGGUUACUUGGCGCCCGAGUAUUUGCUAACGGGUCGGGCUAGUGAGAAAACGGAUGUUUAUAGCUUUGGUGCAGUUGUGUUAGAGGUGGCUAGUGGUAGGAGGCCAAUUGAGAGGGAGACAACUGGGGUUAGGGCAAAUGGGCAUAGGAGUAGCUUGGUGGAUUGGGCUUGGAGUUUGCAUAGAGACGGGCGGUUGCUAGAGGCGGCUGACCCGCGGUUGGGUGGGGAGUUUGAGGAUGGGGAAAUGAUGAAAGUGUUGUUGGUUGGGUUGAUAUGUUCGCACCCGGAUGCAAAUGUCCGGCCCACAAUGCGAAAUGUGGUUCAGAUGCUUGUGGGUGAGGCUGAAGUGCCUGUGGUUCCAAGGACUAAACCCUCAUUGAGUUUUAGCACUUCAGACUUGCUAUUGAACUUGCAAGAUAGUGUGUCUGAAUUGAAUGAGAUGAUCACACUCUCAAGUUCCUCAUCAGAAAGCUUGAAUGGUGAUAUGUUGAGCCUAGUAUGACCCGGCCCAAACCGAACCAGAUGAUCCUGUGUUAUCCGGGUCUUACAAAUUUUGUUUAGUUCUAACGUGUAUUUACUUGAUUUAUUGAUUUAUGAUGAUGUGUAAUUGUAACACACAAUAAUGAGAAGUUGGUAACAACCUGCAUAGAUGUAUAGGGGCCAGUAGGUCAUUUGUGGAAACUAUUAGGGUCUCAUCAUAACUUCUUGCACUUCCAAUUCUUGCA